AUGGUAGCAAUGUUUCUAUAUAUUCUAGCACACCACCAUAAGAAUCGUGUUGUUGGUUUUAGUUUUAAGAGAUCAGGAAAAACUGUUAGUAAAUAUUUUCAUGAAUGUUUAAAAGCAAUGAUUCGCUGCCAAAAAGAAUUUUGGAAAACACCUGAGCCAGUAUUAGAGACCUCAAUCGAUCCAAGGUGGAAGUGGUUUAAGAAAUGUUUGGGAGCAUUAGAUGGAACCUAUAUAAGAGUGCGUGUACGUGAAGCUGAUAAACCAAGAUAUAGGACAAGAAAAGGAGAGAUCGCAACCAAUGUUUUGGGGGUUUGUUCACAAGACAUGCAGUUUAUAUAUGUCUUACCAGGUUGGGAAGGUUCAACACAUGAUGGACGAGUAUUGAGAGAUGCCGUGACUAGGAGAAAUGGGUUAAAAGUCCCUAACGGUUAUUAUUAUUUAGUUGAUGCUGGAUACACCAAUGGUCAAGGUUUUCUUGCACCUUUUCGAGGAACACGAUACCAUCUUAAUGAUUGGGAUGAUGGACACCUUCCAAACACACCGGAAGAGUUCUUCAAUAUGAAACAUUCAAGUGCUAGGAAUGUAAUUGAGCGUUGCUUUGGAUUGUUGAAAAUGCGAUGGGCAAUUCUUAGAAGUCCAUCUUUUUAUGACUUGAAAACACAACGACGUAUAAUUUAUGUUUGUUGUAUGUUGCACAAUUUUAUUCGAAAAGAGAUGAACAUUGAUCCAGUGGAAAAUGAGAUGAAUAAUUUUCCAGAAAAUCAUACUACAACAAAUUAUAAUUAUAUAAAUAGUGUUGAGUCUUCAAAUUCUUGGACCACAUGGAGACAAAAUUUGGCAGAAGAAAUGUGGAAUACAUGGCGAGCAAAUAGAGGUUUAGGAUAA